AUGUACCAACAGUCCCCUUCCCCUUCGUAUCCCUGUCUUCCUGGAGGAAUUACCAACAGUAAACCUUGCGUAUCCCUUAGUUUGCAGCAUUAUCCCCAUCUCCCAGUUAUUCUGUCUUCCUGGAAACCUGUUCCAAUUGUCCCUUUCAUCCCUGUUGAUUUGCAGAAUUUGGCUUCACUCCCCAUUAUUCUGUCUUCCUGGAUUAUGUACCAACAGUCCCUUUCGUCCCUGUUGAUUUGUUCUUUAUUGUCACUCUCCCCUUAUUCUGUCUUCCUGGAGGAAUUUACCCCUUCUCCUCCUUCAUCCCUUCUUGAUUUGCAGAAUACUGAAGCACUCUCCCCAUUAUUCUGUCUUCCUGGAGGAAUGUUCAACAGUCUUCCUAUCCCUGUUGAUUUUCAUUUCUACUUUCUCUCCCAUUAUUCCCUGGAGUCUUCCUGGAGGAAUGUACUUCCAGUCAGUCCCUUAUUAUCCCUGUUGAUUUGCAGAAUAAAGCGUAUCCCAACACUGGCAUUAUCGCCAUUUGCAGAAUACCUGAAACCUCUCCCAUUAUUCUGUCUUCCUGGAGGAAUGUACCAACAGUCCCUUUCACUCCCAGUUGAUUUGCAGAAUACUGGCAUUCUCCCCAUUAUUCUAAUACUGAAAAACUCUCCCCAUUAUUCUGUCUUCCUGGAGGAAUGUACCAACAGUCCCCUUCGUAUCCCUGUUGAUUUGCAGAAUACUGAAGCACUCCCCAUUAUUCUGUCUUCCUGGAGGAAUGUACCAACAGUCCCAUUCGUAUCCCUGUUGAUUUGCGGAAUGCUGAAGCACUCUCCCCAUUAUUCUGUCUUCCUGGAGGAAUGUACCAACAGUCCCCUUCAAUAUGAAAGUCUCUCCCCAUUAUUCUGUCUUCCUGGAGAAAAUUUUCUGUAUAAGUCCCUUCGUAUCUCUGUUGAUUUGCAGAAUACUGAAGCCUCCCCCAUUAUUCUGUCUUCCUGGAGGAAUGUACCAAUAGUCCCUUCGUCCCUGUUGAGAAUUUGCUCCCAUUAUUCUGUCUUCCUGAAACCUCCCCUGUUGAUUUUUGAAUCUGUCUUCUUCCUGGAGAAUGUACCAUUCCUCCCCUUCGUAUCCCUGUUGAUUUGCGGAAUACUGAAGCACUCUCCCCAUUAUUCUGUCUUCCUGGAGGAAUGUACCAACAGUCCCUUCAGAUCCCUGUUGAUUUGCGGAAUACUGAAGCACUCUCCCCAUUAUUCUGUCUUCCUGGAGGAAUGUACCAAUCAGUCCAAUUUGCAGGCCCUAAAGCACUCCCUGUUGAUUUGCCGAAUACAGAAGCACUCUCCCCAUUAUUCUGUCUUCCUGGAGAAUGUACCAACAGUCCCCUUCUUGCAGAAUACUGAAGCACUCUCCCCCAUUAUUCUGUCUUCCUGGAGAUUGUUCCAACUAGUCCCUCAUUCACUCUAUCCCUGUCUUCCUGGAGGAAUGUUCAGCCUUGCAUCACAGUUGAUUUGCACCUAUCCCCAUUAUUCUGUCUUCCUGAAAUGUGAAGUCCUUUUUAUCCCUUUGAUUUUGCGGAAUAAGAACCCCAUUAUUCUGUCUUUGGAGGAAUGUACCUAUAGUCCCCUUCGUAUCCUGUUGAUUUGCAGUGAAGCCUCUUCCCAUAUUCUGUCUUCCUGGAGGAAUGUACCAGGCCCCUUCGUAUCCCUGUUGAUUUCUCCCCUACUAACCUCUCCCCAUUAUUCUGUCUUCCUGGAGGAAGAGGCAACAGUCCCUUUCGUAUCCCUUCUUCCUGGAUUCUGUCUGUCCCUUCCCUGGAAGAAUACUGACCUCUCCCAUAUUCUGUCUUCCUGGAGGAAUGUACCAACAUCCCUUUAUAAUGAUUUCAGAAUACUGAAGUCUCUCCCAUUAUUCUGUCUUCCUGGAAUAAUGUACCAACCGUCCCCUUCGUAUCCAGUUGAUUUGCGAACAGAAAUAGCUCUUCUCUCCCCCUUAUUCUGUCUUCUCAUUCUGUUAUUCAUAACAGUCCCUUCGUAUCCCUGUUGGUUGGUUUUUGAAACCUGUUCUCUCCUCCAUUAUUCUGUCUUCCUGGAGGAAUAUUGUACAGUCCCCUUCGUAUCCCUGGUGAUUUGCGGAUCUGGUCUCCCAUUAUUCUGUCUGAACCCAUUAUUUCGUCAACCUCCUAUCCCUGUUCUUUUAAUGUCAUUUCUCCCCAUUAUUGUUCUUCCUGAAACUCUUGUCCUUUUCGUAUCCUCCUUGACGGAAUACACCUAUCCCCAUCUUCUGUCUUCCUGGAGAGAACGACGGUUAGUCCCUUUCGGACGACCUGUUGAUUUUCUGCUUUGGCAGAGAGUAAACCCGGUCUUCGGGGAUUACCAAUGCCGAGUCUUCAGGCUCCCUGUUCUUUUAUUAAACUUUCUCCCAUGA